AUGGAGAAGGAAGGUGGGCGCUUGGGACGUGCCGCGCGCUUCCCUUUCUCCUUCCCAGGCCCCCCACCCACCCCUCUCGCCCUGGGGCUGCGGGGCUCCGCGGCCGGGCUGGAGGAAGGCGCUGCGGGUUGAGAUUAGGAGGGGCGUGGAUGUGGGGCGUGUGUGUGUGUCGGGCUCACCGAAAUGCAAGAAGGAAUGUGGGCACUGGGAAGCCAAAGGGGUCGUGGGGACGGAGUUAGGAAGGCGAGGACGACCAGGUGGGCAUUUAGCUCCCCUUCGUCCCUGUACAAGUGAGUGUGUAUGUGGAUUUUUCCCCCUCCUUCUCUCUUUUGGCUUCUCAGUUUCUGCAAACAACUGUGACACAGGUAAAACCAGGUUUUUCGAAAUGCAGGAGACAAAAGUAAGCGGUUGGUUUUUUCAAGGAAUGUGCUUUGCCUGUUAAGGAGUUCUCUGGACAGGAAGCACUUGGGGGGGAAAGCAAAAUCUGCAGGCGCCCAACAGGGGUGUGUGAUGGUUUUGAUGCUCUCUGCGUUAUAUGGGGUUCUUGUGCGUCUUCCUACACGGAAGAGCUUUCUGUGUGAGGAGGUACAGCCCAUGUUUGUUUUAAUUGGCUUUCAUACUCAUUUGCUUCCAUCUUCCGUGCCUUUUUAAAGUUUUGAAAAGUCUUAACCGCUGGUAUAAUUUGAUGGGACCCUCAGGGUGGCUUCCGAUGAAACAAGGUUUAAGCAAGAUUGUAUUAAAUGCACAAAUAAACAACAUAUCUUGUACCAAAGUUGGCAGGUAUAGACAUUUGAAGGAGUGGAACAAAAAUAUAUUAACAGCCCUCUAUCUGGUUCUUGUUUGAAAGAAAGAAAGAAAGACAUAUGUCAGCUCAGCAAGAUCUUGCCUUUCCAACUCCAGCGGUUGUUGCAACAAAAAUAUUGUUGCACCAACCUUGUGAAACAGAAGCAAGAUGGCCUGCCAGACCUGUUGAUGAAAGAGAAGUCCUGGUCUUUAGCUUCUGGCAAAGAUAGGACUCUGAGCUCUCCCAGCACCCCCUUGGACCAAGGCUGUUUUCAGUUAGGUUUAAAGCGGGGUUAGAAAAUCUUUGGCCUGGGACCAAAAUGGCCAGGGACCCUUCAUGCCUGGCCUUCAGGACUCCCUGCAGGCUGCACACCCACCCUGGCCACACUGUUAACCAGCCCUGCUUUGCACCUUCCUUAAAGAGUUUUUGCCAGGUUGGGAUGUGUCCUUGAACUCUUGCUUGCCUGUGUGGAGGAUAGAGAGGGGUUGUGAGCAUAUGUGGAAACUACCCUACCUUACAAAGGUCAAAUUUACACCCAGAGGGGAAUGUGGGCCUCAGACUGAAAUCGGUUCCCCUGGUUUAAAGGUUGAAACUGGUGCUUUGGUGCUUUUCAUUGUGUCAGGAAGCCAAUUGGAAGCCAGUGCCAGAUCUCCUAGCAUGGUUGUACUGUGCUCUCAGUGGCUGAUAAUGAAUGAGACACCACAUUUUGAAUUAACUGAAGUUUCUGAACAGUUUUCAAUGACAGAUCAAUGUAGAGUGCAUUGUUAGUACCCUAGCCUGGGAGUUACAAAAGUGCUUGUGUAUUUCUUAAGUAUCAUGUGGUGUCCCUACCACAAAAUAUGUGCCCCAAAUUAUCUCAGAAUAUUUAACCACACUCAUAUCUAUAAGGACAAUUCUAUAAACUAAUGUAAAAACAGAAACUUUCAUUUAACACACCACCAGAUUUUUAUACAAUGGUACCCGUUGCUUGGUCCCUGCUCCUGCCAACCCAGCAGUUCGAGAGCACGUCAAAGUGCAAGUAGAUAAAUAGGUACCGCUCUGGUGGGAAGGUAAACAGUGUUUCAGUGCGCUGCUCUGGUUCGCCAGAAGCGGCUUAGUUAUGCUGGCCACAUGACCCAGAAGCUGUACACAGACUCCCUCAGCCAGUAAAGCGAGAUGUGCUCCACAACCCCAGAGUUGUCCGUGACUGGACCUAAUGGUCAGGGGUCCCUUUACCUUUACCAUGGUUUACGAACUUAAUCCGUUCCGGAAGUCCGUUCUUAAACCAAAGCGUUCUUAAACCGAGGUGUGCUUUCCCUACUGAGGCCUCCUGCUGCAGGUGCCCUUCCACCGUUUGGCUUCUGAGGCAAAGCUCGCUAACUGGAACACCUUCCGGUUUUGCAGAGUUCGUUUUCCAAAUAGUUCGUGAACAUAGACUGAGAUACCACUGUAUUUGGCUUACUGUUAUCUUUCUUUCCCCUUUCCUUCAAUUAGAUGAACAGAAUUUGGUCUAAGCUACAUAACCUAAACAUAAUAUUAUUAAGUUGUUUUUUUCAUUCUUUGAAGGAUACUGUCUUAAAGUUUUAAUAAUUUUGUGGAACAUACUUCUGGGUGACAGGUUCAACAUACGUAUAGAUGAUGAGGGUUUUCCAUGUGGCUCAAAUGCAACAGUGGUCUUUGCAAUAUGAAAAACUCAGAUGCAGUACAUGUGCUCAGUCAAGUGUUAACUUUUGACUAAUAAGCUAAACCUACCUAAGCAGUUAAAGUCUAUGCAUGCAUUUUGCAAGCAUCCUCCAAAUGAGCAUGCAUUAAAGAAAAAAGACUAGUGGUGGCCUGUUACCCUAACACUGUUAUCCUUGAAGCACUGGCUUGGUUAUAUCAUGCUUGUUUUAAGGUAGUUGAGCAAUUGGCACCAAGAGAAACUUUUAUUUAUUAUUGCCAUCGUUGCAAGCUGGUGUAUUUUUCAUUGACAUAUUGCUUGUAUCUCAUUUUGCAAUAUGUUUAAUGUGCCCUGUUCCCCAGUCUGCAUCCACCAUCAUACACACCUGCAGCCAUAAACCACCUGCCCUCUUCCACCUCCCAUUUCUGUUACUCACCCACUCUGCUCGCUCCCCAACCUGGGAAAAGAUUAAGAGAAGUGGGGCCGGACAGUGACCUUAAGCAACUGUUGUUUUUGCACCCUUGGACAAUCUCCUUAUCUCCUUUACAGAUACUUAUUUUUGAAAGGAAACUUAACAUUUUGCUUUAGAUAUGACCUUAUCACAUCAUAACAUUCUUGGCUUUAUUGCACAACAUAGUGCUGCUCAUAUCAGGUUUGUUCGGUAUUGUGAAUGUGUUUACCUUCAAAGAUCAGUAUAUAGUAUUUUAGAUAUCCUAAACAUCUGGACACACCAGCUCAGAAUUCAGAAUGUCAUUUGCAUCUCUGAAAAUCUCCAAAUUCUGGAUAAGGGACUACAAUGCUGACUGAGAUUAUCUAGAUUGUUCUUAGUGAUUGCGGAUGAGUGAGAUUUUUAUCUUCUCUGUGGACAGAGGUUUGUAAUGUUUAUUGGGCUUCGUGAGCCUGACAAACUUGUUUCAUAAGAACGCAUGAAGAGUCUGAAUUUGCUGAAUUUGGCCAAGACCCACAGAGUCUUGUGGCCCCAUCCAUACAUGUAAAGCAGUAUCAUACCGCUUUAAACAGUCAAGGCUUCCCCCAAAGAAUCCUUUUUAAAGGGUGCUGAGAAACUUUAGAAACUAUUGUUCCCCUUAGUGAGCUAACUAUUCCCAGAGUUCCCUGGGGUUGAUUGUUAAACCACUUUGGGAAUCUUAGCUCUGUGAUGGGAACAGGGAUCUCCUAAGAACUCUCAGCACCCUUAACAAAUUGCAUUUCCCAGGAUUCUUUGGGGGAAGCCAUGAUUGUUUAAAUUAGUAUGAUACUGCUUUAAAUGUAUAGUGCAGAUGGGACCUUGUUUUUUCCAAGGAUCUGGUAUUCAGAAGUGUUUCACCCCUGGAGAUGUGGAGAUUCUAUUUAGGUAUUGUUGUUGUUUAGUCGUAUAGUCGUGUCCGACUCUUCGUGACCCCAUGGACCAGAGCACGCCAGGCACUCCUGUCUUCCACUGCCUCCCGCAGUUUGGUCAGGCUCAUGUUUGUAGCUUCGAGAACACUGUCCAACCAUCUCGUCCUCUGUCGUCCCCUUCUCCUUGUGCCCUCCGUCUUUCCCAACAUCAGGGUCUUUUCCAGGGAGUCUUCUCUUCUCAUGAGGUGGCCAAAGUAUUGGAGCCUCAACUUCACUAUCUGUCCUUCCAGUGAGCACUCAGGGCUGAUUUCCUUAAGAAUGGAUAGGUUUGAUCUUCUUGCAGUCCAUGGGACUCUCAAGAGUCUCCUCCAGCACCAUAAUUCAAAAGCAUCAAUUCUUCGGCGAUCAGCCUUCUUGAUGGUCCAGCUCUCACUUCCAUACAUCACUAUUGGGAAAACCAUGGCUUUAACUAUACGGACCUUUGUUGGCAAGGUGAUGUCUCUGCUUUUUAAGAUGCUGUCUAGGGUUGCCAUCGCCUUUCUCCCAAGGAGCAGGCGUCUUUUAAUUUCGUGACUGCUGUCACCAUCUGCAGUGAUCAUGGAGCCCAAAAAAGUAAAAUCUCUCACUGCCUCCAUUUCUUCCUCUUCUGUUUGCCAGGAGGUGAUGGGCCCAGUGGCCAUGAUCUUCAUUUUUUUGAUGUUGAGCUUUAGAUCAUAUUUUGCGCUCUCCUCUUUCACCCUCAUUAAAAGGUUAUUUAAUUCCUCCUCACUUUCUGCCAUCAAGGUUGUGUCAUCUGCAUAUCUGAGGUUGUUGAUAUUUCUUCCGGCGAUCUUAAUUCCGGCUUGGGAUUCAUCCAGCCCAGCCUUUCGCAUGAUGAAUUCUGCAUAUAAGUUAAAUAACCAGGGAGACAAUAUACAGCCUUGCCGUACUCCUUUCCCAAUUUUGAACCAAUCAGUUGUUCCAUAUCCAGUUCUAACUGUAGCUUCUUGUCCCACAUAGAGAUUUCUCAGGAGACAGAUGAGGUGAUCAGGCACUCCCAUUUCUUUAAGAACUUUCCAUAGUUUGCCGUGGUCGACACAGUCAAAGGCUUUUGCAUAGUCAAUGAAGCAGAAGUAGAUGUCUUUCUGGAACUCUCUAGCUUUCUCCAUAAUCCAGGGCAUGUUUGCAAUUUGGUCUCUGAUUCCUCUGCCCCUUCGAAAUCCAGCUUGCACUUCUGGGAGUUCUCGGUCCACAUACUGCUUAAGCCUGCCUUGUAGAAUUUUAAGCAUAACCUUGCUAGCGUGUGAAAUGAGUGCAAUUGUGCGGUAGUUGGAGCAUUCUUUGGCACUGCCCUUCUUUGGGAUUGGGAUGUAGACUGAUCUUCUCCAAUCCUCUGGCCACUGCUGAGUUUUCCAAAUUUGCUGGCAUAUUGAGUGUAGCACCUUGACAGCAUCAUCAUUUAAAAAUUUUAAUAGUUCAGCUGGAAUAUCAUCACUUCCACUGGCCUUGUUAUUAGCAGUGCUUUCUAAGGCCCAUUUGACUUCACUCUCCAGGAUGUCUGGCUCAAGGUCAGCAACCACACUACCUGGGGUGUACGAGACAUCCAUUUCUUUCUGGUAUAAUUCCUCUGUGUGUUCUUGCCACCUCUUCUUGAAUUUAGGUAUUGUAGCUUGUGGUUAAUAGCUUCUAGUCCCCUCCCCUGCCCCCAUAAUGGGGGUCCUUUGAAAUGCUAACCAUCCUAAUUAUGUGUCAGAAUGGAAAAUCGUAGACCUAUUUUUAGCACUUAACCUUGCUCAACUUUCCCUUUCACCUUGGUAAAAGGUAUUCAGGAGUGAAAACAAUAUUUUCCUUGCUUUUAAAGCAGCAGGAAACUAAACAGAAGCAGUUUGCUUGUGUGUUUUGGUCACAGUUCAGCUGUCUGUAAAAUCAACAUGUACGUCAUUUAGCUGACUUCCUCUGUGUUACAGUGUGGGUGUUUUAAUGCUUUUUAUUUAGACCUUCCUGUUAUAAAUAAGGUUUUGAAGCUCAACUGUGUGAAAAAACGUUAAUUUGCAUAGUCUUGUCUGUGUGCGGUAAAAUAACCAGUGGUAUAGAGCUGUAGUGUUCAAAGCUGUACCUUUUUUAAAAAUAGAUUACUUACCUGCCCUUUACCACAAGGUCCCAAGGCAGUUUACAAUAAUAAAAGGCACAAUUAUAGAACAAAGAAAAUAGAUACAAUGGUGAAACCAGAAAAGUGUAAAAAUAAUUAAAAAACAGCUUCACAUAUAAAAAUAGUUUAAAAGUGUUCCAGUACAGAUGCAGUCUGGAAUAAUGAUCUCUACUUAGCUAAAGGUAUCCCUCUGACACAUAGAUUUGCAGGAGGUCUUUUCAUAGGAGAUCACAAGUAGAACCUGUAAGAAAAUGUUGUUGUGGGGAGCUGUUCAGGGUUCUGGCCAUUUCAUUCCCCCUGCCUUGAUUUUCAGCCCCCCUCCCUAACAACAGUCAGUGCCUGCUGAGCAUGUUCAGUCCUCGUUGGGCCCUUUUUGGGAAUUCUCCCCAAUUUAGGGGUCCCCUCCCAAAAAAACCCCAGUUCUUUUAAAAUACUUUUUCUUGUGAAUGUGUUGGUGGGAGUUUGUAGGAGUGUCAGUGGGCAGAAGUCUUGUGUCUGAAGACUCUCCUGCCAAUUCCCUCCCCCCUUUCCCUCCCCAUGUACUUAACUUCUGACCUUGGAAUCUGGAUGAAUUAAAAACAGGUCAAAAUCAGCCAAGGUAGCGAUAGUAAUUGGCAGAGGAGAAUUGGCACAGCGGGAGAAGGAUUAAAACAUCUGCCUGCAAGUGCCCUCACUCUGCACUUGCCUUCUGAUACCUAUUAUUUGUUAUUUUGCAAUUGUUCCUCAUUGCUCUUCAGUGCCAUGGAAAGGGGUCCACUUGGGUCUCCCAGGUUAGGGAGUUCCACAACAUGGGCACUAAAACUGAAAAUGCCAGCCAGCCUUCUGUUGAUGUCAGUGAGAUGCAAAGCAGGGCCUCUGACUAUGACUAUGAGGGUGGGUGGUCUGGCUGCUUAUGUAGGAAGGCUGCCCUUUGAAUACCCUGAGCACAGACAGUUCACUGGGGCUGAUGCUUGCCAUUGUCCAGCAUUAUGCUAAUAUAUGGGCACCACACCUAAUUAGAAAACUUAAUGAGACACAAUCUUUUUUGGAAGAAGUCCCACUGAGUUCCAUGGGACUUGUUCCCAGAUAAGAGAGAGAAUGUGUAUUUGUAGGAUUGCAGCCCAAUAAUAACUUCUGGCUCUGUUGUCAGGAGCUGCAGAUCUGAAGCAGAGAAAGAAGCCGAGCAGUACAGAAGCUGAAGGAAAAGCUCCUGAAGAAAAUGAGGAGGAAACGAAAAAGUCAAAAAAAUGUAAGUUGUGCCCUUUUUUUUUAACGUGGCGCUCUACUUCUUUCAUUGUAAAAUCAUGUAUAUGGGUUAAGAUUUUCUCUGUGUUGCAAAUUCACUUUGCAAUUCUUCUGUUGCACCACAUGAAAAUCUUUACAUUGAGGGGGAAAAACUUGUGGCUGCAGCACACUGUAAUAGUGCAGCCUUGUACAUCAACAUGCAAAAGUUUCUCUAGCCUGUUAAAGAAUAAAAUACUAGCCUACUACAAAACUAGGAGCCUGCAUUUCUGUGCUGGCUGUGGAAGAGAGAAGCCUUCUUCUUUGAGACCAGCAGGGAAAACACAUAUUAUCAAACCUCUUAAACUAGUAAAUGAUAUUUGAUUUCCAGUAAUUGACUGCUAGUUUUGGGCUAGCAGUCAAUUACUGCAAGUGUGGACCAUUUUGUCUCUUCUCCAUGGAACGACUGCCAAGCAAAAGGCUAGGCUGUCUUAGUGGUUGACUCUGCAGUUCAUGCUGGUUUCACAGUUACUCUUCUGCAAAGCAGUCACGUUCGUGCAUUGCUUCCUUUGCCUACAGGCGUACUGCUGAUGGGCCAUCUACAUGAGAAAUGUACAGUAGCUAGAAACGAAAUCAGUUUAUGCUUUUCCCUAAAGAACUCCGAGAACUGCAGUUUCCCCUUAAAUAAUGCUCCAGUUCAGUCUGGGUGGCAAGCUCUGUCUUCAGUGAGAGAAGCUUCCCUGGUUAAAGUUCUUCUGCCCAUUUCAGCAGCUUACAGAGUGGUGGAAAUGAUGGUUCUGCUGGAGCAUCUAAGCCGGAGUCCGCAGAGUUGGAGGGUGAUGACGUGACUUCCUCAGGCCACAGAGGUGUUGACAGAAUGGACUCCUUCUGCUCUGGAGGUUCUGGGGAACGGGAAACCAGUGUGUCUCGCCCCCUGUGAACAGUUCCCUGUUCUUCCUUCAGUUCUUCCUCCAAAUCCUCAUCCCCCAAAGAGGGGAAGGUCAUGGCAUUGGACGGCUUAGACCAGGACACACUCCUCAGGAAGCUAGAUAGGAAAAACAGCAACAGGAAAUUCCAGAUUGAACUAUAUAAUGACUAAAGUAUAUAAUGGCACUACCCACACAGCGGUUUGUAGCUUCUGUGUGUUGUUGGAAACUCUUGAUCAGGUCACUGGAACUGGCUGAUAUGAGAAUACGGGAUUAGGCGGACCAUUGGUUUGGCCUUGAAAGCUUUGUUCUUUGUGCUCAAGACCUAGAGCUUCCUGGUGGCUUCAUGUGACAUUCCUAACAUUCCUUUACAGAUGUCUUCAUUCCACGUUUCGCAAAGCUUUUCUUUGGCUGUCUUGCAGCAGUCAUAAGUGGAAUGAUGUAUGCCAUGUACCUUUCGACAUACCAUGAGCGCAAAUUCUGGUUCUCUGGCAGGCCGGUAAGGAAAUAGAAUCAUAAUUACAAACAAUACGGAAAACACACUAUCUUUACCUUAUUCAGAAGAGAGGAGUCUCUAGCCCUUGGGUUGAAUGUGGCCCUCUCAGCCUUUCUGUCUGGCCCUCAGAACUUCCUCCAGGCCAUGUCCCCUUUCCCCCCUUCUCUGCACCCUUUAUUGGGCUGGUCUGAACUUGAAGUGUGAUAAAGCAUCUUGCGUACUAGGACGGGUGGGUACAGACACCUUUCUCUACUGGAAAAGGGCUUCUACCAGAUGGAGUACCAGUAUCAAGAUAGUUAGGCUGUCAUAAAGGAACAUAAAGGCAGCUCUUUUUAGCUCAUAGAUACUCCAGAUUAAUUCCCAUUAUUGUGGUGAACAAGUGUGCUGUUGCAAUUGCCAGAAGCUGCAACUGGAGUUUUGUGCUGCCCCAGGUCUUUUCCAUUGAAAUAUUUUUCACAGCCUCUGUGCAAGGAGGAGGUGUUUUUUGUUCUUUUGCUGUGUUUUACUGUUGGCUUUUAAAUCUUGUUAACAUUUUGUAGUGAGCCACUCGUGGAAGUUCAUUGACAAAUAGCUCAAUAAAUCUUAUAACUAUUAUUGGGUGAUAUCCAACAUUCAUCAAUAGAGCAGACCCAUUGAAAUUGUUGGACUUGUCUGCACUCAGUUUGCUGUGAGUAUGACUUAGUUGAAUAUCACCCAUUAUUGCUGUUAGGAUUAUUAAUGAAUGGAAAUGACACUCCAGUCGAACUUCCCCCAUGAUUUAUUACAGAUGUAUCGUUUCUCAUUGGAUGGUUGUGUCAUCCAGGCAAAUGAAUAUAAAAUGAGAAUAUGAUUUUGGUUUUUUUAUUUUGGUUUUCUAGGAGCUUGAACGAGAAAUCACAUUUCAGGGUGAUGGUGCCAUUUACUACUCAUUUUACAAAGACUUAUUAAGAGCUCCCUCCUUUAAAAGAGGUAAGACACAUACAUUUAUUAAAUAGCAACUGAGACAAAAUCAGAAAAGAUAGUACUGAGUAGCUUCUUGGGAUGGAGGAGAGAAAGCAUGUAAGCUUUCAGACUACACAAAGCUGUUGCACAGGCUUAUGUAACUCCGUUUGCACAUCUUCUUAUCAAUGCAAAGUUGGUUCAUCAAAGCUUCCACUUGUGUAUUAUAUCCCUUGUUCUCCGGGAUAAUCUAUUUCUAAUCCUAUUAGGCCUUGUGGUCUGGAAACCCUAACCCAGUGGUCAGGCAAAGGAGAACUAUGGACCUGAUCUGUUCCCCUACAGGAGACAGCUGAGAAUCCCCUGUGAGCCACAGAACUUCACUCCACCAUCAAAAGCUCUUUUCCCUGGAUUGUGCUGCUAGCUGUAGAGUAGAGCAGGGCCUGCGCUGCUAAUGAAUUGUAAAUAAAGAGCUAGAUUUCAGGACAGGCGCAAUGAAGCUUGCACACUGUGUUGUUCAAGAAGCUGCAGUGUUCACUGCAUAGUGGCAAAGCCAGAGGCUGCCUGUCAAAUUCUUCAACAGGAGGCAAAUGCAGGCUUUGUAGCAGGACUAGUUCUGGAAGGGAGUUACUAGCCUCCCAAGCAAAUGGGUGUAGAUGCUCUCCAAUACAUGUGUCUAACCUUGCUUGUUAUGUUAUGAAAUGGCAUCUAGCAGCUUUUCACAAAGCACAUUAUCCUGAAGGCUAUUCCUAUAUUUCACCCCAUGGAGAUGCCCUAUGCCUUUGCAAGUAGCCUCCGCAGUAAUCCUGUUCCAGCAUUUAGGGAAUGGCAACACAAGUAGCGGAUUUGGCAGGCACACAUCAGUCCUGCCUAUGGUGUUCCAUCUAUUCCAUCCACCUCCAAUCCUCUCUUGUUCGGCAGGAAGGUCUGCAUUCAACUGAACAUGCUUAGAAGCCUCCCAAUAACUGGGAAUACUGUGCCAUCUGCGGUCCCAGUUGCAAGGAGACUUCAGAGCCUGCUCAGCCGAAUACCCUUUGGACCUUCCUACUCAGUGCGGGAAGGGUGGGGCCGCGCAUGCAAGGGCAUUGGAGGGCGAGACUAGUUGGCCUGGCCUCAACUCAUGUAGAUGUUCCAUUCUUAGGCAUGACUCCUGAACAGGGCUCAAGUUGCAGAAAUCAAACAUGGCAGAACUCUUCCUUUUGUUGAUUUUGAGAAAUUGCAUAAAUAAUGCUGGCAUCCCUUCCUCCCACCCAAAUCUCAUUCUCAGGCGUUAAUCAAUUAACCCACGACAACAGGACUCUUUCGCUGAAGACCAUGAAUGUCGUGCGGCAAAUGACGUUGUAUCCAGAAUUGAUCGCCAGCCUCUUAUACCAAGCAUCUGGCAGUGAAGUAUGCUUUGCCCCUCUCUUGUUUCUUUACAGUCCUGGGGGAUAAGUAGUUGGGAAGCGUGCUGCCCUCAAAGCAAGCAGCUUGUUUUCCUCCAGAGCAUUAUUUGUGUAUCCAGACGCUCAACAGAUAUGUGGUGAGCUGUCGGAGGACUGCUACACUGUGCACUGAGGGUUCUCUGUGUGCCCAGAGAAAGUGCAACCCCCUCUGUGUGUAAUCAGCCCCUUAGUUGAGACCUGGGUGUGGGGUCUCAGUUAAUGGAAGCACCCCUAAGAGUAGUUUGAGUAGUGUAAGGAAGUCCAUAUCCUAUAUUUUGAAAAGCUGAAAGCUGCAUGGCUGCAGUUUAUUGCUAUGAGGGUUCUCAAUGACCCAUGCAAAUAGCCUUUGCCUUUGCUCUAUAAAGGGGUUCAUGUUUUGCGGCAACAGUAAGGUGCUGCUGCUACUCCCCACCCCCAGUUAUUAUCUUCCAUCAGCUUCAUGGGCUUCUCUUUCCAUUUGUGAAUUUCAAACAGUGCUUUAUUGUUGUAACUCAGCUGCUAGUAUUGCGUGUUUGAAAAUAUUUAUGCCUUUAAUUUUCAGGAGGUUAUUGAGCCAGUAUAUUUUUACAUUGGCAUAGUAUUUGGACUGCAGGGGAUCUAUGUGACUGCGUUGUUCGUAACCAGCUGGCUAAUGAGUGGGACUUGGCUGGCAGGGAUGCUGACUGUCAUCUGGUUCAUUAUUAACAGGUAAAGCAAAUCUUUACUACCCACCCCACCCCAUAAUUUGCUGUUCUUUCCCUGCCUUGAACUGAACAAGCAACUGUAUUCCUAAUUCUUUCUUUUCCUUUUCCCUUCUACGCUAUUUCCAAAGGGAACUUUUAUGAAAGUUUCUAGUUGCUGAUGUAUAACACUACCAGGAAAGGUUCAUUCUGUAACUGGAAAUAUUAUAAGAGCGGGAAAUGGAUCAUGUGAAUAAGAAUUGGUUAUGGCCUUUCACACAUGCGCGCGCACACACCCCAUACUUUUUGUCCUGUGGUUUUUGUUGGUUACAUUUGCAUGUUGGGCUUUAAAUGUCUGGAAAGUGUCUUGAAGCCCAUCGUACGAAAUUCUCUGUGGAGAGGUUAUAGGCAUAUGGAUUCCUGAUGGAGCUUGUCGCUUUCCACAUGCCCUUUCAUGACGGGGCAAGGUAUUUAAUUAUUGUAUAUGUAGUUUAUACUCCAAUUUGUGGCUAUACUUUGUGCUGUUUUGUUGUUUAUAAAAUCAAAUACAUAUACAUCUGAGAGGGAAAGAACCCAUUGCAUAGACCAUUGCUUUUGCAGUAUUGCUGUUUAAAAUUUAGAAAUCGAAAUGUUAUUGUAAAAGCUCAUUGUCCUUGCUUUCAUUAGAGUAUGCUUCUAUUUGUAGAAGGCAGUCUUUCCCAACCAGGUAUUUUGGCCUGCAGCUCCAUUCAGGCCUAUUGGCCGUGCUGCCUGGACCCAAUAUGUGUUGUAAUCUAGAGGGCACCAGGUUGGGUUAGGGUGAAAAAUGACAUCUAGGAUUAAAUAGCAAGGCUAUUAAUGAUCAGUCCCCCAAAAGUUCUAAUCCCUAAAAACUCCAAGGCUCUUUAUUAUGGUCAGUGACUAAUAUUCAGAAAAAAAGUCAUACAAAUGAAUAUACAAAAGAAUACCAAACAAAACAAAAUAGAGAACCAUUACAAUAAAAAACAAAAUAGAGAACCAUAAGUGUCGUAUUAUAAAAUGCCCGGCACAGAGAACAAAAUUAUCAAUUUGCUAAAAUUAGUCUCUGGAGAGUUUUACACGCAGCAGCACAAUAUUGAGCCAUCCUGGAAGAGAUGGAUGUGUUCUUAUCAGAAAGGAGUAAAAUAGCAUUAAAUGCAUCCAGUCGUUCUGGGAAUUUCCGUUUGAAAUGGGUCAAUAAAAACCAUGCAUAUCACAAUAGAAGGAGCAAGUUAUCGAUUCCACCUCUCCAGAUUUGCAGGGACAUUUACAUUGACCACAGAGGAUUUUUUAGAACUUCCCUUCCAAAACUGCCGAUCGCUUAAGGCUUUAUUGCUGUUACGUUGUUUCUGUCAAGAGCAAUAGUCAAGCCUAUAUUUAUGUUCUAAAGUAACCUGUAUAUUUUAAUGGGUCGUCCCUGUAUGUUUUCCAGGGCAGAUACCACAAAAAUAGACUAUUCUAUCCCGUCAAGAGAAAAUUGGGCAUUGCCAUAUUUUGCUUGUCAAGUAGCAGCUCUUACUGGCUAUUUAAAGAACAACAUAAAUCCUUCUUCUGAGGUAAGAUGAAGAUGUUUUCAGUCAAAAUAUAAUAGUAUAAAUAGGCUGAUCAAAUUUGAGAAUCUUGAUCCAGCAAACCAUUUCGGGCCAGGGGCUGAAUGUGGCCCUGCAGGCUUCUGUGUUUGGCCCUCUGAACUCUCCCCAGGCCACCCCCCCUCCAUAAACACACUUUCUACUGGCAUUCCUUCACAUCUUGAGUACUUUUGCCUGGCUGGCAUGUGUCCUUAAACCCAGAUAAUGCAUUAUUGUUUCCGUGGAUGGAGGAUAAGAGAGGAGCGUUCAUACCAUACGAAGGUUUAAAUUUACAUGAAUUGCUCUGCCCACUCCCCUGGCCCAAUCCAGCGCUGCCAUGUGGCCCACGGGAAAUUGCCCAGAGGCAAAUGCAGCCUUUUGGCUGGAAAGGGUGCCCCAACUCUGCUUUAAAAAAUGAGAUGGUUUUGCCUAAGGAAAAAUGUAAAGGACCAAAAAAACAUUCAUUUUCGAGAACUGUUAAGGCCUCUUCUUCUUGCUACUAUCAUAUUAAGAAUAAAAAUGCAUUCAAGAGUUAUGCAGGAUUAAGAUGGAAUGCCAGUUACUGAUACUAUAUAUUUUUUCCAAUCUUGCUUUGUAUGAAAAUAAGUACAUGGUGAUUAAGAUGUCUUCCCUUUCAAUUCCCCCAGAGGUUUUGCUACCUGUUGGUGAGUGCUUCAACCUACACUUUCAUGAUGAUGUGGGAGUACAGUCACUAUCUGCUGUUUGUCCAGGCUGUGUCUCUCUUCUUGUUGGACACUGUGGGUUUCACGCAGACAGAGAAGGUAUUUUGGCACUUGAAACUUACCAAUUUUAAUACCAGUUUAAUUGCUAACUUGUUGCUCUUCCCCUCUCCUUUUGCCUGCCUUCUAAGCCUGUGAACUGUUCAUUCUGCUAACAGGCACAGAUAAAAGGCGGGCAGAAAAAGUUUAAAUAUAGAGGAUGGUUGUUUCUUGCAGCCGUGAUCGCCUGUUGCUUUGAGGGUCAAUACCUUUUUGCUUUUCCCUUCCGCAGGUACAUGAAGUGUAUAAGGUCUACCUCUUUUCUCUCUUUCUGGGAUACAUGUUACAGUUUGAGAAUCCAGCUCUGUUAGUGUCUCCACUCCUCAGCCUUGUCGCAGCGGUGCUGCUGGCAAAAUACCUCCAGGUAAUAAUUGGGAAAUCAUUUGGUGGUUUUACCUCUGCCUGUACUGCUGUUCUUUUUCUCUUUCUCUCUAGCAGAGGUAGUGAAUCUUUUUAAAACCUGAGGUCUGUGUUCCACCAUGGACAAUCUUCCAUGGUCUCUUUGUCAUGGACGGGCUGGAUACAGUGGAAUGGUGGGAGGAACCAGCUGGGGAACCCCCAAGGGAAAAAAGCCCAGAGCCCAGGGAUUGGUGUUGGGACAACAAAGAGUGGUCAGAGGGAGAAGAGGGAGCAGACUGGGAGAAGGAGGUGUCAGAAGCUGAAGAGGUAACAGGAUUUAGUGAGCAGUAAGAGCUUGUGGCAGAGAGAAGUCCAGAAUCAGAAGCAAGAGGCCAAGAGGCAGAGAUGUGUCAGGCUGGUGAAGAAGCCAGGAUGGUUCCACCUCCGGCUGCGACAAGCUCCCCUCCCCUUUGGUUUUCCAGAACCAGGAGAGGUAUGAAGUGAAAGGAGCAAAGGCAGGCAUGCCGGCAUAGUCUCAGAUGGCUUGGGAAAGACCCGGGAAAGGAGGAGACUUAGGCAGCUGUGGGAAGGCAGGGACAUUCAGAAGAGUUGCUGUGGUCAUUAGGCCUGGCGCUACUGAGCAACCCUUGUUUCUUCUAACUCCUGACAUCUCUGCAUGUGGGGCAUGAAAGGCCCAAAGUGGGUGGGGUCUGAGGCAAAAGUGGGCGGAGCAACCUAAGUAGGAUGCAUCCCAGCCAUGAAAAGGGCAGAGUGUUCUGUAACACAACACGUCUCUCCGUGCAGGCAAGCGAGGUCAGGGACACAUUCCAGUCAGGCAGAAGUGCUUGAGGAGAGUGUAGAGAAGGGCAGGCGAGGGCCAUGGUUUAGGAAGUAGGGGGUGGACGUGGCCUGAGUGGGUUCUGAGAGGCAUGGAGGGCUCCAUUUGACCCACAGGCCUGAUGUUCCCUGUCUCCCUCCUCUAUAAGAGCCAGUGUGCUGUGGUGGUUAAGAACGGUAGACUCGUAAUCUGGUGAACCGGGUUCACGUCUCCGCUCCUCCACAUGCAGCUGCUGGGUGACCUUGGGCCAGUCACACUUCUCUGAAGUCUCUCAGCCCCACUCACCUCACAGAGUGUUUGUUGUGGGGGAGGAAUGGAAAAGGAGAUUGUUAGCCGCUUUGAGACUCCUUCGGGUAGUGAUAAAGCAGGAUAUCAAAUCCAAACUCUUCUUCUUCUUCUGUAAAGUUAAUACUUCCUUGUCUGUUUUUUAGAUGAAUACAAAAAAGGGGACGCUUCUUUCAAGGAUGCUGAAAGUCAUUUACUUUUAUUUGGUAUUCACAAUAACAGUGACUUUGAAUUUUGUAGUGAAGGUAAGAUUUUAUUUUUAUUUUUUAAAAUUAAUCAUACAGGAUAAUGAAAGCAUUUGUUUGUUUUUGGAUGUUAGUUGCCUAGGGAAAUAAUAAUAAUCUUGAAAUUCCUCUUCCUGCUGUGCUUUUUCUUUUUCUAAUGGAAAAAGGUAGUGGAUAGAACUGGUAAAGAAUUAACCCAUCUUUUGAAACACUCAACAUGGCUAAGUUUUUUUUGUUUUUAAAAAAAUCUUCCAGUAGAAAAUGUGAUGCUGCUAACUGAAAGAUUGUUUAUCUCUUGCGGUUGCAAAUGUUUGUCAGAUGUAGCAACGGUCUGUCUCAAAAGUGUGGUGCUAACAUACAAUUUCCUUUCUGUUUGUUUUGCAGACUUUUAUUCCCCAUAAAGAAAAUGAACAUUUAAUCAAAGUGCUUGAAGUAAAAUUGGGUUUAAACAUUACUAAGUAAGUCUGAAGUGAUAUUUUGUAAAAUGCAAGGAGUUGUACAUUACGAUCACUGGAGGAGAGCAUAGCGUCUGUUUGAGAAUCUUAUCAGCUCUAACCCAGUGGCAGCUGUCCAGGAUCACUAGCAGAGCUUUACACACUGAGAUGGGGAGUACUUGUCAUUACUUGAUUUUCAGUAUCUUAGGGAAGGUUGAUGAAAAUGCCAGCCCAAUGUGCAGCUGUUGUGAAAGACAAAUUCAGUGUUGGGAAUCAUUUGAAAAUAAAGCUGCCGAUACCGUAAUGCGACCACAUUUGGAAAACUGUAUACUGUCUGGUUGCUGCACUUCUAAAGGGAUAUUGUCGAGCUUUAAAAAGUGCAGAAAAAGGCAGUCACAAUGGGCUGAAGCAACUGGAAAGAUUAUAGCAUUUGGAGCUCUGUAAAAAGCAUGGGAAGGGAAUGGGGACAUGAUAGAGGUGCGUAAAAUUCUGCAUGGCGCUUGGAGAAAGUGGACAGAGUUUUUUCUUCCUCUCAUGAUGCUAGGAGCUGGGGUAAUCCAAUGGAGUUGAACGAUAGCUGUUCCAAACAGAAGGAAGUGCUUUUUCACGCAACACACUAAGCUAUGGAGUUCACUACCACAGAAUUUGGUGAACGCCAGCAAUUUGGUGAACAGCUUUAACAGGGGUUUAGAAGAGCAUAUGGAGGAUAAGGCCAACGUAGCUGCUGUCUGCCACCUCUGGAAUCAGAGGCGGUAUGGCUCUACAUACCUGUUGCUGAGGGUCACGGGCAGAAAAGUGCAAUUGAGCUCAUGUCCUGCUUGUGGGGAGAAGCAAGUCACCCAGUAGGGUGGAGCUGCAGUCUUAGCUUCCCAGCAACAGGGUUGCUGCCACUUAACUGGGAGAAGGGGAGGCAGGCACCGUGGCAGGAGCACCAGAUAAGAUUGGCGUGGUGCAAAAGCACCAGCGGAGCCAUUCUGCCUAGAAAGCAGCACUGCCUUUGCUUCUGGGCUUCCCAUAGACAUCUGAUUGGCCACUGUGGGAGCAAAGUGCUGGAGCAGACAAGUCUUUGGUCUGAUCCAGCAACUGGGUGAUUAACCAUAUUAGAAAAUGCAAUUGAUAGGGCUUAUACUGACUGGCUAAGCUCAUGACUGCCCCCCCACUUUUUUUGCAAUUUAUAGAAACUUCACAAUCAACUGGCUGCUUUGUCAAGAGUCCCUUCAGACACCAUCCCAAGACUUCUUUCUGCGACUCACUCAGUCCUCACUAUUGCCUUUCUACAUUUUAGUGCUAAUCAUUUGCCUUGUGUCUGUUGGCCAGGCCACCUUCAGGAGAAUUAGGUAAGGUAACUUCUCUCUGUUCUCAACCGCAUGGUCCGUGGCUUGUUUAUGACCUUACGUGUUAGUUGCUGCAUGUAAUGGAUGUACCUUCAACAGCAAACACCAGCUGCAGAACAAGAACUUCCAAGCUGGAAAAGACUGUUUUUGAGGUAGUACAUAUAACUUCCCCUGCCUUUGCUUAUGACAUAAUAUACGAUGCAUGCAUAUCUGUUUGCAUUUGAAUGCCUAACCCUCUUCUGUUUUUCCAUCUGAAAAAAUUGUCUAGAAUAGUAGUAUAAAUCUGAGCUGUUGCAUGUAAAGGUGUGAUUGUAGGCAAGUACGUGCUGCACACGACAUAGAAUAUAUACCACCCUUAGCUAACCCUGGUGCCCUUGGAGGUUUCUGACUACAACUCCAUCAGCCCCAGCCGGCAUGUGCUGGAAAACAUCAGGUUGGCUAAGGAUGGUGACAUUACGGUGGUGACAUUAGUUCACUGCCCACCAUCAUGCCUAGAGUGCUUCAGCAUUGGAAGCUGUGUGAAUCUGCUCAAAGACUGAGCUGAAAGAGAUUGAAAUUGUCAUAUUGGAUAUGUUUAAUGUUUUAAUUGUAGCUGCUUUUGGGUAAGCAGUGGCUGUGCUGAAUAAAGAUACUGCUGCAAAAAGGGUUGGUGGCAGGGCUGGGGGGAAUAUUUCAAGAGGAGGGGGAACUUAAGAGGUCUGUUCUUGGGUUAUUGUAAGGCUUUAAGUUGAUAUCAUGGAAUGGUUGGAAGAAUGGUUGGAGGAACCACCUGGGGAACCCCCAAAGGAAAGAAGGCUCAGAGCCCAGAGAGGAGUGGUGGGGCAACAAUGAGCAGUCAGAGAAGAAGGAGGAGACUGGGAAGAGGAGGUGUCAGAAGCUGAAGAUGUAACAGGGCUUAGUGAGUAGGGAUAUUCUGUGGCAGAGAGCAGUCCAGAAUCAGGCAGAAGCUGAAGCCUGAGAGUGGGAGGCCAAGAGGCAGAGAUGAGUCAGGGAUUGGCUGGACGAAGAAGAGUGGUGGCAGCCAGUAGACCAGGAGGUACCCGAGGGGGAAGGGGACUUUGAACUAGGUUUGAGACUUGUGGGACAGGGAGAAAUCAUCAGCAGAGAAUGAGGGUGAAUUGAGGUAGCCACAGACAUGGAUAGAGGAGCAGGGACUGUGUCUUCUCUGCAAUACAGUCCUGGUUCAGCUCCUUCCCCUCCUCAACUCUCUGUGCAGGAAUUAAGGGUUGAGAAAAGGCUACAACAAUUAAGAAAAGUUGAGUCGCAGUGAAAAAAUGUAAGGAGGAGGGAGGUAUAAAUAAGGGGGAGAGAGGACAGAACUUUAGCUUCUGCAACUGACGUGCUUAUCUGAUGAGUGUGCUGUGUGCUAACUCAUUUGUUACUGAGCAAAAAAGUUAAUUGCUGCAAGCACUGUGCCUGGUUCCGCUUACAACGUCGGACAAAAGACGGAGGGGCUUUUCUGGCAGCCUGACCGGCUGGUGAAGAAUCACAGGUGCCUCCCCCUCCUGCUGCGACAAGCUCCCCUCCCCCCCCAGUCUCCCAGAACCAGAAGAGGUAUGAAAAGGGCGGAGGAGAGGUUGGCUUCAUGCAGGAACAGUCUCCGAUUGAUUGCUUGGGGAAAACCCUGGAGAGGAGGGACUUUCAGCCUCGGCAUCUGAUCCAUGGGGCAAGACUUAAGAGUGGUGGGCUGCUGUGCUCAAUAGGUCUGACGCUCUGCCAAAUCUUUGCAGAUCGUGUUCUUGCUAAAAAAAAAGGUUAACUUCAACUUGCAUGGUGUGAUUUAAUGCAAGCUUACUUCUGACAAAUGAGCAUAAGGAAGAGCCCCAUCUCAGGGCUUGAUAUGGACUGCUUAGUUGUCUAUGGUUUUUCUUUGUCUUUGUCUUCCACAUGCUGCAGUGGUGAACCAGUCAAUGACACAGGGAAGCUUGAGGGCGGGAGGAUUGGAGAAAGGCCAGAGGUUGUGUACCAUGUACUUCACACACUUUCGCUGGGAUUGCUUGCAAUGAUGAUGGAAGGGUGAGUUUGUCUAGGUUUGUUUUCCCUGGAAGUGGCAAGGAAUUACUCUUAACUUGCUUUCAUUUCUUUCUGGGUGGGGAUGGAGGAACUCUUUCAGACAAAUAUAUGUGCUUGGAUCAAAAUGGGCUUCAGUUGCAGAAUCAGAUUUUAACUGCAGAAUAGGGCUAUCUGCACCCUAGGAAAUAGAGGCAAGAAGACCCCUCGGACAGCGUGACAUUGCAUGAUUGAAUAGGAUUCUUAUGGGUCUGCGAGGACCAUUAUGUACUCCUGCAGCCUCUGGAAGUACUGUUCUAUGAAAGCAGCUUCAAAUACCUACUUUGGAUGCCUCAAACAGGCUUAGAAAUGGGUUUGAGUCUAAAGAAAGCCCACAUAGAAGUAGUUUGCUGAAGGACACAGAGAAAUUGCUGUAGGUUUCUUUGCAGUCUUCAAUGGUGUCUUUUUGAGUUCUAGAUGUUUACAAAGCUUUUCGCGAAGGCACUUGGAGAUGGUAGUGGGAUUGGAUGCUGUAGCAAUAUCUCUUGAACAAUGUAUGUAGGAACUCAUCUCUUUAUGGAUUUGCAUGGUGGUUUUCUAGAAUGAAGUACGUGUGGACUCCCUAUGUUUGCAUGAUUGCUGCGUUCGGUGUCUGCUCUCCAGAGCUCUGGAUGACUCUAUUCAAGUGGCUCCGACUGAAGGCUGUGCACCCUAUUUUGCUGGUGAGUUCCUAGUUCUAGUUAAUUGUAUCCAUGGAGGAGCUGUGUGCAUGCCAUCUCCACCCGCAACCUUUCCCCCACUGCAUGGGGGAGAAAGCCUGAAGGGGAAUGAUAAGCAUGUGCAGCUGAAUCUGCUUUCAGUCAUCCCCAAUGAUCAGGAACUCUGCGCACUGGAUACAGUGCCUGUUCUAUGACAAUUAUCUCUGGUCCUGGCAUAAUGUAAGUAUAGGAUUGCUUUGUUAAGCUGAUUAACCGACAGUACAGUGGUACCUCGGUUUACGAACUUAAUUCAUUCCGGAAGUCCGUUCUUACACCAAAGUAUUCUUAAACCGAGGCGCACUUUCCCUACUGAGGCCUCCUGCUGCCGGUGGCCUUCCACAGUUCGUCUUCCCGGGCAAAGUUCGCUAACUGGAACACCUACUUCUGGUUUUGCGGAGUUCGUCCACCGAAUAGUUCGUUAACAGGGCUGUUCAUAGACCGAGGUACCACUGUAUUAUUUAGAACUUUUCAGUGCAAUCCUGUACACGCCUACUCAAGGUAAGUCCCAUUGAAUCCAAUGGGACUUCCCUCCAUGCAAAUGUGUGUAUAUUACUGCAGUCCCAAUGAGUGAACUGUAGUGAUAAGAAGGUAUCUGUGCUUGCAUAGUUGAGCACUUAAAAGAGCAAAUCUUUUAUGGUGUGUCUGAUUGAUAUUUCAGGCUCUUAUCCUGAGUAUGGCAGUUCCAGCUAUCAUAGGCUUCAGCUUGUGGAAAGAGGUAAGAUAAUAUGACGCUCCCAUUAUUACUAACAGCAGUCAGCAUUAUCCAGUUGGAGUAUUGGUUGAAGGGGACUUGACAAGGGUGAGCAGGUAGUUCAUUUUCAUGCUCGUGCAGUUCUCCAAAUUCUCCAUAUAUUGCUGUGUUUUGAGAUAGGCUUUUCCAACAUAUCUCCUUGGCCAGAAAUUCACAGCUAAAAUGGCAGCAGCAAAAGUGUAUGGCCACUAGGUAGCACUGUGAGUCUCAAAUGCAGGCUUGGUUGGUUUGCUAAAGUAAAUAAAUAGAAAUAAAAAUGAAUCUAGCCCGGUGAUGAGGAACUCCUAAGAAAAACGAACACUUUAUAUUAACCAAACAUUUUAUUAAUAAAUUGUGGAUAAUUUUGUUGGGAGUAUUUGAGUCAAAGGGAUUCCUUUUUUCUUUUACUAAUGCAUUAUGAAGAAUAAAAUGGAUUCAAUUUCUGUCCACUCUGAUGGAAGCUAGCCUAAUAGUGUAGCGAAGGGCUCUUGAGCAUUGAUGCUGCUGCGAUUUGAUAGUGAAGCUAGAAAGGUGGUUUUUAGUCUGAUCCCCUGCAUUAUUUAAAGUUCUGUAAUUUGUUUUCCCACAGUUCAUAGCCUUGGUGCUUCCUUUUAGUUUUUUCCUAGGAUAAUGGCAGAACUUUCAGAACUUCAGGAGUUUUAUGACCCUGACACAGUUGGACUCAUGACCUGGAUCAAGUAAGCCAUCCCGUUUUGUGUACUUUUUGGUGUUCCUCCUUAGUGCAGGAUAUUUUUUGUAACCUAAGCUGCAGUCAGUGCAGCGGUUGUUUCCCUCGCACAUGCCUCUAGCCAAGCUCCAUGUGGCCCUGCCACUCACCUUUUUGGGUUUGCACUCGGCACUUUGCCCGGUUGAAGAAACCUUGGUGAAUUGAAUGUGUGUGUUUUAACCCAUCUAGAUUGUAUGUUUUGCUAUUGGCAGCAUUACAGCUGUGCAGGACCCGGUUCCUGUCAAUUCCUCUAUUGCGCAGCCUGGAGUGGUGUGAUGUGUUGCGGCACCGCCUAUCUUUUGCCUCAGACAGCUAGAUGUCUUAGACUGGCCUUGCCUUCACUGCUGCAUUUUGCACCAGCUGAAGUUUCCAAAUAUUUUCCAGAGGCAGCCACACACAGAGUGCCGUAAAGGUAAAGGGACCCCUGACCAUUAGGUCCAGUCGUGACCGACUCUGGGGUUGCGGCGCUCAUCUCGCUUUAGUGGCCGAGGGAGCCGGCGUACAGCUUCCGGGUCAUGUAGCCAGCAUGACUAAGCCGCUUCUGGCGCACCAGAGCAGCGCACGGAAACGCCGUUUACCUUCCCGCCGGAGCGGUACCUAUUUAUCUACUUGCACCAUGACGUGCUUUUGAACUGCUAGGUUGGCAGGAGCAGGGACAGAGCAACGGGAGCUCACCCCGUCGUGGGAAUUCGAACCGCCAACCUUCUGAUCGGCAAGCCCUAGGCUCUGUGGUUUAACUCACAGCGCCACCCGCGUCCCUACAGAGUGCCUUAUCAUUCUCUAAUCUUCAUGGAACUAAAGAGUGGUGACUGUGUCCCAAUACACCCUCUCUAGGAACAGGUGCCGUGAGCACUGCAGUCUUAAGCUGUGCAAGAGCACCCCUGGCUGUGGAAGCACAGACAGGUCCCAAGAGCAUUUUCAGGCUGUACUAUAUAAUUUUAUAGAAUUACAUAAGUGAGGACAUGGUUUCUCCCCCCCCCCCCCCGCAGAAGACAGGCUCCUAUUGCUGCUGUGUUUGCCGGCAGUCCGCAGUUGAUGGGCACGAUCAAGUUGUGCACUGGCUGGAUGGUGACCAAUCUGCCCCUGUAUAACGAGGAGGAUCUGCAAAAGAGGAAUGAGAAUGUGAGUCAUUUUUGCUUUGUACCAUAUUUAAAGGGCUUCUCACGUUUUGUAGCGUACGUUGAAAUCUUUGCUGGGGAUAAUGUUUCUGUUAUUCCCAUUCCAUAGGCGGGAAAUGGAACCUAAACUUGCUCAUGUAUUUUGAGUACAAGCUGAGAAAGUUAGAAAGUUAAGUUCUUUCAAAUCAACAGAAAUUUAAACUCCACACUGUAUUAUUGUUGCUGAGGAUUCUUCCAAGUGGAAAUAAAAACCAUUUAACUCAAUGGGGUCUGGCGUAAGUCUGUGUAGGAUUCAGGAGUAAAACUCACUGAUUUUUACCAUGUGCCUAAUUUACACUCGAUUGCACCCUUUGUUUACUGGCCUUAGUGGCUCUGACCCAAAUAUCUCUGUGGAGUUCAGUCUAUGUUUUUUUGCCUCUAUUUCCAAUGUGGAAGUUGAUCAGCCGUUUCACCCCUAUAGAGAAGGAUUCUUGAGGGUGACUGCUUUUGUUUGACACAUGAUGAAAAGUUUUGUUUAAAAUUCUUGCAUUAGAAUUGUUUUCCCCCACCCCAUUAAUUAAUGAAUAAGGUUUUUAAAUUUCGAUUGCACAUUUGAAUCCUGCAGAUUUUUCAGAUCUAUUCCAAAAGAUCAGCUGAAGAUAUUUACAAGAUACUCACGUCAUACAAAGCCACCUAUUUGGUUAUAGAGGAUUCCAUUUGCAAUGAGGUGGGGCCUGUGAGGGGAUGCCGGGUCAAAGACUUACUGGAUAUUGCCAACGGCCAUGUAAGUAGCACCUUGAGCUUCUGUCAAAAUUCUUUUGCAAGUUUCCUUUUAGAAGGCAUAAAGUUUCAAAUAUGAUUAUUUGAAUAUUAUUCAUCAUAGAAUAAUUUAGUUGGAAGGGUCAUCUAGUUCAAUCCCCCUACAAUGCAGGAACUAGGUCAUACAUGACACAGGUAGCUUGCAUUGAAUUUUCUCAUAUGGGAUAAUAGAUUCCGUGCUGUUAAUGAGUGGCUCCUACAUUCUACAAUAUACUUUUAGAAAGAAUUGUUGCUCUACAAAUGAAAUGUUCCUCUCUCUCUUUCUCCAGCACAGCUAGACUAGUGUUGUUGACAGUUUCGCAGAUCAUGAAAUUAAGAAUCGGUUAAUGUCAGUCCUUUGUGUGCAUUGAAUUAAAAUACACAUUUUCCUUCUUUCUCCCCAGGUGUAUUAUGAAGAAAACGACAGCUAUGGCUACUCUAAAUAUGGACGGUUUUGUCAGGAGAUCAAAAUGAACUAUUCUCCGUACGUGAACUACUUCACUCGAGUAUACUGGAACAGAUCCUAUUACGUAUACAAAAUCAACACUGUGAUAUCCUUCCAGUCCUGA